UUCCGGCGCAGUCUGUGGCCAGUGUGCGUGUUUACGCGUGCGCGCUGCCUCCGGUCUACCCUCGCUUCCGAUCUGCCUCUACUUUUACUCUUCUACGUUCUUCCAAGAACAGUUGAAAAUGAAGAAAUCCCUGGGGCCCGUGUCAUUCAAGGAUGUGGCUGUGGACUUUACCCAGGAGGAGUGGCAGCAGCUGGAUGCUGAUGAGAAGACAACAUACAGGGAUGUGAUGCUGGAAAACUACAACAACCUUGUCUCUGUGGGGUGGCACAUUAUCAAACCGGAUGUUAUCAUCAAGUUGGAGCAAGGAGAAGAGCCAUGGAUAGUAGAAGGAGCAUUCCCACCUCAGAGCUACCCAGAUGAAGUCUGGCAAGCUAAUGACCUGAUGGAGAAAGUCCAGCAAGAUGUAGAUAUGUUCUUCAUCAAUAAAACCCUGAUUGAAGAGAGAGGUAAUGUUUCUGGUAAAGCUUUUAAUGCAGAAAUGAGCCCUGUUCCUUCAAGAAAAAUAGCCUCUAAGUGUGAUGCCUGUGAAAAGAGUUUAACAUCUAUUUCAGAAUACAUUAGUAGUGAUGGAAGCUAUGCAAAAAUGAAACCUGAUGAAUGUAAUGGGUGUGGGAAAUCACUCCUCCACAUUAAACUUGAGAAAACACAUCCAGGAGAUGAGUAUGGAGGAGCUUAUGCCAUAAAUGAAGAGAGUAUUUAUCAGAAAGUGCGUGUUCUGGAGAAACCUUUCGAAUACAUCGAAUGCCAGAAAGCCUUCCAGAACAACUCAGUUUUUGUUAAUGACAUGGAGGAGAAGCCCUAUAAUUGGAAUGAAUCCGAAAUAGCUUUUCUCCAAAUGUCAGACCUCAGUGGCCAUCAGAGAUCUCACUUGGACAUGAAGUCCUAUGAAUGCCGGGAAUGUGGGAAGUCCUUCUGUAAAAAGUCAAAAUUCAUUAUCCACCAGAGGACUCACACAGGAGAGAAACCUUAUAAAUGUAACCAGUGUGGGAAGUCUUUCUGCCAGAAGGGAACACUCACAGUACACCAGAGGACCCACACAGGGGAGAAACCCUAUGAAUGUAACGAAUGUGGGAAAAACUUCUACCAGAAGCUACACCUUAUCCAACACCAGAGAACUCAUUCGGGAGAGAAGCCCUAUGAAUGCGGUUAUUGUGGGAAAUCCUUCUGCCAGAAGACACACCUCACACAGCACCAGAGGACACACUCAGGGGAAAGACCCUAUGUGUGUCAUGACUGUGGCAAGACCUUCUCCCAAAAGUCAGCACUUAAUGACCACCAGAAGAUUCACACAGGUGUGAAGUUAUACAAGUGCAGUGAGUGUGGCAAGUGCUUCUGUCGCAAAUCUACACUCACUACCCACCUGAGGACACACACAGGUGAGAAGCCGUAUGAGUGCAAUGAAUGUGGGAAGUUCUUUUCACGUCUCUCAUACCUCACUGUGCACUAUCGCACCCACUCUGGGGAGAAGCCCUAUGAGUGUGCUGAGUGUGGAAAAACCUUCUACUUGAACUCGGCCCUGUUGCGGCACCAGAGAGUACACACAGGGGAGAAGCCAUAUGAGUGCAAUGAGUGUGGCAAGCUCUUCUCCCAGCUCUCCUACCUCACCAUCCAUCACCGGACACACUCUGGAGUGAAGCCCUAUGAAUGCAGUGAGUGUGGGAAAACCUUCUACCAGAACUCUGCCCUGUGCAGACACCGCAGGAUCCAUCGAGGAGAGAAGCCCUACGAGUGCUACAUCUGUGGGAAGUUCUUCUCUCAGAUGUCCUACCUCACCAUCCACCACAGAAUCCACUCAGGAGAAAAGCCCUAUGAAUGUAGUGAGUGUGGGAAAACCUUCUGCCAGAACUCAGCCCUUAACAGACACCAGAGAACACACACAGGUGAGAAAGCCUACGAAUGCUAUGAAUGUGGGAAGUGCUUCUCCCAGAUGUCGUAUCUCACCAUCCAUCACCGGAUCCAUUCUGGAGAGAAGCCCUUCGAAUGUAAUGAGUGUGGAAAAGCCUUCUCUCGGAUGUCAUACCUCACUGUGCACUACAGAACCCAUUCAGGAGAGAAACCCUAUGAAUGUACUGAGUGUGGGAAGAAAUUCUACCACAAAUCAGCAUUCAAUAGCCAUCAGAGAAUCCAUAGGAGAGGGAGUGUGAAUGUGAUCGAUGUGGGACAGCUUCUGUGAAGUCAGACCUCAGCCCUUUCAAUACAAUAAGCAAGAAACUCAUAACAGAAGUCAAACAUAAUUGUACAGUUGGCUCUAUAUCCAUGGGUUCUAUAUCUGGAUUCAACCAGUCAGAAAUAUUUGGUAAAAAAAAUUGUACCUGUACUGAAUACACGCAGACUUUUCUUUUUACUAUUUCCUGAAUAAUACAGUAUAACAAUUCAACUAUUUGCAUUGUAUUAGUUAUUAUAAGCAACCUGGAGGUGAUCUGAACUGUUUGGGAGAUUACAUGGAUUAUAUGCAAAUACUACACUUUUACCAAAGGGCCUAAACAUCUGCAGAUGGUAUUGGAGGAGGUAGGUCCUGGAACCAACACCCACUCGAAUCCCAACCCCAUACAGAAAAGGCAGUGCAUCUGAGAGUUCACACAGGUCAGUAUGGAUAAGCCCUAUACAUUAGUCAUCAUUGACAUUCACAGGCAGAAACCAUGAUGGUACCAAGACCAUAUGACUCGUUAAAUGCCAGACUGUAUAGGAGUAGGAAUGUAUAAAUACUUAGAAAUAUAUAUAUGUAUGUGUCUGUGUAUGUGUGUGUGCGUGUGUGUUUCACCAAGGAUUCGAACUGCUUUGCAUAUCAGGGAAUUCUUUCAGUUUAAGGAAUGUGGAAACAUAAUCUUUUGGAAAUUGUUAAAUACUAAAAAGACAAUUCUGGUGUAAAAACAAACUUGUAAAAAAAAAAGAAAAACAGAAGAUACCUGCUGUGAACAAACAUACAUACACUUUGUAUAAACAGAAGAUGUAAAAUCAUCAGGAUAGAGAGCUAAGUCUGCAGCAUUAAAUUCAUAUAUAAACAGCUCCCAAGGAAGACAGGAUGAGGGAGUUUCUUUUUAAUAUGUUACAUUAUAGGAAUUGUAUGUUCAGCAUUAUAUCCUUAUGAAUUUAUAUCUGAUAAGAUUACUCAUUCCAAGUAGCACUUACGUGUUAAUGCUUUUGUACACAUUGUCAUUGAAAUUACCUUUGGUAGGUAUAAAGUAUAUUUAUAUUCUUCCCUGGUAUUUAUAAAUAGCCAGUUGAUCAUUGUUAGUGAACUACAUGAUCCAUUAAAAAAGCAAUGUUUUUCUAAUAAGGUCUUCAACUAUAGAUGACUCAGCAAAAGAGAUAGAUAAAUAUGUAGAAAAUAGAUUUUUUUAAAUCCUGCAUAGAUGAUUUUAAAUUGGUAACCUAGAAUUCUCCAGGAGUGAGAAAUAGCUUUAGUACUUAACUGCACUCUGCACAACUAAAAACUAUACUCAAAAUAUCACUGCUUGUUUCUUAAUCUAUUUUUUAUUUGGAUGUUUAUUUGUGUAUUGGAGCACAGGAACUGAGUAACAUCGGAGUUGUCUUUCUGAUCUAGUAGUGUUUGUUAGCACUUGCUCUGCUCAUUUAUAAAGGAAGUGAGGACACAUAUAGGAGUUUGUGGCAGAAUUUGUUGUGUGACUUCCCCAGUCAUUCUGUCGUUACUUUGCUGUCAGAGUCUGGGUACCCACUGCUCCUUAGGGGCAAGAGGUAAAUCCUGGUUAGUUUGGUUCAGUAAUGAUAAUUCAUUUUCACUGCUAGCAGUUGCUGUCAAAUGGUCAUAGGACCUAAGACUAAACAAAUGAACAAACACACCUGAUGGAUUGUUUCUGGAAAAAGUUUCCUCAAAGGUUCAAGGAUUCAAGCAACGUGAAGGAAAGUCUUUUUGUGAGAAUGGCUUUAUCUGGAUGUGGUUCCUGGUAGUGUCUUCCAGCAAGGGAUUAUAGUUUAUUCAUGACCUUCACAAAAAGACUGGAAGAUUCUGGGACUUAAAUGAUGGAGUAACUGACCCACAGAACCAACCAGCCUUGUGGCCACUUGAUGUCUGGACUAUUUCUUUUGUGAGAGAUUAUAUUUAUUUUUAAGCCAGUUAACUUAGAAUGCUCUGUUGCUAAUGACUGAAGACAUUCUGAAACAGUUACACUUUUAUAGGAGUUAUGCAAUUCAGAAGUGGACUUCAGGUAAAUCACUUAUUUUGAGGUGUUGAUUCAGAGAUCUUAUUUUCUGUAAAUUGUGAUGUAAAUAGUUUGAGCAUUGAAAAUCAACUUGAAAUAAUUAAAUAUGUAUGCCUCUU